GAUUCUGCAAGACAAGAAGUAUACCUGACCCAACAUUUCCAGUACAAAAAGAGUCUCUCGGAAUCCUUUGUAUUUCCUGGAUGCCAGUGAAAACAAACCACAUUUGAGCAGCAGCCCAGAGCUGCCUUGUGGGGCAUUUGGAUAUUAACUUAAAGGUGUCUGUCCAUGCUUAUUGACAGCUGGGAGGAGAUUCAGCCUUGUCUGCUAUUAAAGCAGCCAAGCAGCAGCUACCUCUUCAGCCAAGCCGGUUUUUGUUCUGCAGUAUGUGUUGAAGUUCCAUCAGAGACAGAGGCAGUCCAAGGAACACACAUGAAGCUGCUCUGCAUCUCCUGCAUGAAAAGGGAAGAGGUCACAGCCAGCACGGUGGUGGAAUGGUUCUACAGGCCGGAGGGUGGAAAGGAUGAACCUAUCUACGAAUACAGGAAAACCAACCAUGAGUUUCCAAGCCGCUUCAGUGGCCGGUUGCAGUGGAAUGGGAGUAAAGACAUGCAGGACGUCUCCAUCACUGUGUUAAACGUGACCUUGAACGAUUCGGGUAUCUACACCUGUAACAUCACCCGGGAGUUUGAGUUUGAGAUUCACCGGCCUCUCUUCACAAGCUCCAGACUGAUCCACCUCACUGUGGUGGAGGAGGCUGGAGAAGACUUCACCUCGGUCAUCUCUGAAAUUAUGAUGUAUAUUCUGCUGGUCUUCCUGACCCUGUGGCUGCUGAUAGAGAUGGUCUAUUGCUACAGGAAAGUCUCCAAGGCAGAGGAAGCUGCCCAAGAAAAUGCGACAGACUAUCUUGCGAUUCCAUCAGAAAACAAGGAAAACUGUGCUGUGCCUGUGGAGGAAUAGCAGAGAGGAGUCAGUGGAAUGAACGGCACCAAGGUCAAGUGACUCGUGCUCCAGGAGGAAUUCUCUCCAUUGCAGGGGCUCUGAAGACAGAAGGACCGCAUCAUGCCAGCCAGGUUUGAGAGGGAGCUCUGCGCCGUCAGGAGGAGAUAUGGGGAAGUGUAAAUUCUCUUCCAUUUGCCUUGGACUCUGUACAGCCUUGACUUUGGCCUCAUGACUCCAUUCUGAGCUGCCAGCCCAUUUGCUAAAGGACUCUUCUUUUGAAGCAUGCUGAGCAAAGGGCACAGGGGUGUGGGCAGCACGGCUCCUUCCCAAGUUUCUGUUCCAUCAUCAUGUUAAUGGCUUUGUAAAUGUCAAGUGUCAUUUCUUAGCUGCUGUCACCACCACCUUUAUUUGCUGACUAUGCUAGUUCUCCAUUGCAGAGAUAAAGGGUAUGUAUGUCAUGAUACUCUGACCUAUGAGACUGGGAAUGAGGUCAUCUUAGGGUGAUGUUCCACCAUGUCUUACAGCCCAAGCAGUCUUAUUGGUGUUAAAACAGGAAGAAUUGAAUUAAGUAA